AUUCAGUUUAAACAUUAUUAAGUAAAGAUGUUUAUAACAAUUUCAUGUACAGCAGUUCUUUGCAUUGGUUUAGCAGCAUUUUUUCAUCAGACUACUGCUUUUCAAGCUCCACAAGCUUCAUUUAAACGCUUACAACCAAGAGGCUUUAUGGUGUGUAUACCCGAUAAACCUGGUAUUUCUUUGUUUGCAUUCCAUGGAAAUUUAAAUCGACCAAUGAAUGGCUUAGAAGCUGGUACUUGGUCAGUUGAUAUAACUGGUAAAGAAGAAGGAAAAUGGGUGUAUUGGAAUCAUGAAGCAGUAGUAAAUCCAGGGGACAAAAUUCACUUUUGGACUUACGUUUUGAAAGAUGGACUCGGCUAUCGUCAGGAUAAUGGUGUGUUCAAUGUUUAGCUUAUAUAUGUGUACAUCUAAAUAAAAGUAUAUUAA